AACCACACAACACCAUUUCCAGAUCAGAGCAGGGAGACAUAAACAGUCAACAUGGUCGGCUCCCUCUCCCUCUUUACCGUCAAUGCGGUCCUCAUCAUGUCCACGGACGACGCCUCCCGCAUCUUCGCCAAAUACUACUCCCCUCCUCACCCUCCCGCCGGUGUCCCAGUUAAUUCGACCGACUAUCCUGGCGCAAACCCGUAUCCGACAGUAAAAGAGCAAAAGGGCUUUGAAAGUGGAUUAAUGGAAAAGACGAAUAAGCAGACUAAUGAUGUGAUUCUGUACGACAAUCGGGUGGUUGUGUUCAAGGUUGAGAAUGAUGUGAUGUUAUACGUUGUUGGGGGUGCGGAUGAGAAUGAGGUUUUGUUGUAUAAUGUUGUUGUUGCAUUGAGGGAUGCUUUGGGGAUAUUAUUCAAAGGAGCUACGGACAAACGCACAAUCAUUGAGAAUUAUGACCUCGUCUCCCUCGCUAUAGACGAAAUCAUUGACGACGGCAUCAUCCUCGAAACAGACCCUGUCCUUAUCGCUUCUCGAGUCAGUCGAGCUCCUACUGCAGAUACACCAAAUAUGAAGAACAUUGAUCUCUCCGAACAAGGCCUGCUCAAUGCAUGGGAGUUUGGUCGACGCAAACUGGCCGAGCAAUUGCGACAGGGUCUUUAGAUACUACUACGUACUUAAUGUGUUUCUUCCACACUUCAUGCCACUUUCUUCAGGGCUCUUUGAAAAUACUGGGCUGGCUUUUGAUAGAAGUUGCUCGAAUUCGUUUUGAUAUCUGCUUAUAUCUUUCUUUAUCGGGAAUGAAAAUGGGAUUGGCGUGUCUAUCUUCUUUCUUCUGUUUUUAGGUCCUUUUACAUAUUGUUAGUGUCAUUUGCGUUUCAUUAUAACUUUCUUUUCAUAUAAAGUCAUGAAACAUUCUGCUUGAACAGUUCAAUUAAAGGAGAUCUGAAAUCC